AACGGCCAUUUCCGCAGGCCAUUCCAAACCAGCAACCGAGACCAGGACUCGGCGAAGAGGCAGAGGCAGAGGGCACACACAAAGAGAGAGAGAGAGAGAGAGAGAGAGAGCGCCAGGAAACCCUAGCCCCGCCGCCUCCGCCUCGCGAUGUCUUGCACGGUGGCCAUCCCGAGCUCGCCAGUCUUCUCGCCCUCACGCCGCCCGCUCUCCUGCAAGGCCGCUUCCGCCUCGCCGGAGCCCGCCGUCGCCGUCUCCGCCUCCUCCCCGGCGCCCGCGCCCGCCGCCGCCGCCGGCUCGCCGCUCCGCCCCUUCGCGCUCCGUGCGCUGCUCCGGGAGGAGGUCUCCCCGUCUCCGUCGCCCCAGUCGGCCUCCGCCGCCGCGGUGGCCACCGCACCUACUGGGGCCGUGCUGAAGCGGCGGCGACCGGCGCCGCUCGUGGUGCCGGCGUCCGGCGCUGCUGCGGCUGCUGCCGCGGCGGCGGCGGUGGCCGCUGUGGAGGCAGAUCCGAGGAACGAGGUGGAGGAGGAGGGGGAGGAGUUCGCGGCGUACUGCCGGAGGGGAAAGGGGAGGAGAAGGGUGGAAAUGGAAGACCGGCAUGUGGCCAAGGUCGCUCUCGGCGGAGAUCCCCAAGUGGCGCUAUUUGGUGUAUUCGAUGGCCACGGCGGGAAAAACGCGGCAGAGUUCGCUGCUGAGAACAUGCCCAAGUUUAUGGCCGAGGAGUUCAAGAAGGUAAACGGUGGAGAGAUCGAAGGAGCCGUCAAGAGGGGUUACCUGAAGACGGACGAGGAGUUCCUGAAGAGGGACGAGAGCGGGGGCGCGUGCUGUGUCACAGCCGUUCUCCAAAAGGGUGGACUGGUCGUCUCCAAUGCUGGAGACUGCCGUGCGGUGCUCAGCCGAGCAGGGAAGGCGGAGGCACUCACCUCUGACCACCGGGCCUCUCGGGAGGACGAGAAGGAGAGGAUUGAGAAUUUGGGUGGAUUUGUGGUGAAUUACCGUGGAACAUGGCGAGUCCAGGGCUCCCUGGCAGUGUCUAGGGGCAUUGGGGAUGGACACCUAAAGCAGUGGGUUGUGGCUGACCCAGACACCAGGACGGUCCUGGUUGACCAGCAGUGCGAGUUCUUGAUACUUGCUUCUGAUGGCCUCUGGGAUAAGAUCGAUAAUCAGGAGGCAGUAGACCUCGCACGACCUCUCUGCAUUAACAAUGACAAGACCUCGCGCAUGGCUGCCUGCAGGAUGCUCACUGAGACAUCGAUUUCCAGGGGCUCAACUGAUGACAUCAGUGUCGUGAUCGUGCAGCUGCAGAAUUUUUCAAGUUCCUAACCUAAUUGGAGAAACUGGACCAAAACUCUAGCCAGUAGCGCACUAACAGACUGGUGGAAAGCAGGAUAGGUAGACAUCAUGUUACUUCGCUGGCGAAAGUUUUCAUUAGUCGGCAUUAUUUUGUGGGGAUUUUAACAUCCAUUCUUUAUCGUAGAACCAUUCGGUUCAUUAUUUGAUUCAUUCUUUAUCGUAGAACCAUUCGGUUCAUAAUGCGGGGAGAUCUCUCGCUUCAUGGUAUCUUACUGUAAAAGGCGAUUUGCCUGUGUACAAUGAUAUAUUCAUAGAUUAAAACUUACUGUGAUUUCGUUUC